CUGCUCCCCCAUCCUCUUCCCCCAUGUUGUUGCCCCAUCUUCACUUUCCAUUCCCCUUCCAUCCCUAGCUCGCUCGAAGAUGCGGACCGCGGAGCAGCUCGCCGAGCCCCCCCCGCCGAGCCCGACACAACCGCCGCGCACUCGCCCCGCUUGCCGUGGUCGUCUCGUCCUCUCGUCUCCAGCAGUCUCCGCCUACCAAUCCCCCACAGAACGUGUGCUAUCAGAGUCUGAAUCUGCUACGGGAAGGAAGGGUGCGCAAAAGGCAACGAUGAAACGUCUCCGCAUCGCGACGGCCGGCGGCUCCGGCUGGUCCACCCUCCCAGGCGAUCUCCUCGAGCAGAUCUCCAGCCGCCUGUCCACCGACGCCGACCGCCUCCACGUCCGCCAAGUCUGCGCCCACUGGCGAGCCUGCACCUCGCCCCUGGCCGCGCUCCGCCCCUGGAUCGUGGCCCGCGCGGGCCCGUUGCCCACGUCCGGUCACCCGGCUUACUCCGCCUGGCUCCCCCGCCGCCUCCGCCAGCAGCGGAUGGUGGGGGUGCGCGCCGCGCCGGCCGGGCUCCCCCACUGCCGCGGUGCGUCUCGUGGCUGGCUCGCGCUGGUCGACGACAUCCGGUCGCCCACGCGGCUCGUUCUGUGGGAUCCCGUCUCCGGCUCCGAGGUCCCGCUCCCGUGCCUGAGCCGAGUCACCCAAGUAUUCCUCUCCGGCGACCCGCUCGGCUCGCCGGAUUGGAUAGCGGUCGCGAGUCAACGCGUCAGCACAUUGGGCACCAAGUUGUUCUUCUGGCGGCCUGGGGACGCCGCCUGGAGCUCCCUGUUCGAGCAACCCACCGCCGGGGUCCCCAGCGUCGUGUUCCACGGCGGGAGAAUGUUCUACAUGGACUUGAGGCAACUCAUCGCCGCUUACGACCUCAACCUCGGCGCCCCGAACCGCCGUCCCGCGAGUGCCGGGAUGAGUUACUUCGGUCCCAAGGUGGACAAGCUCUGCAGGUGCGAGCGCUUGGUCCACCUCGUUCGUGAGGUGCUCAUGGUGAGCUGCGACGGUGAGCUGCUGCUCGUGGUUCUGCGCGGUGCGACCGGCUCCCGGGGGGGUCGCCAACCUCCUUCCUCUCCUUCGCAGUCUCGUCGGCGUGCUCGUCCUUUGCUGAGGUCUACAAGCUGGAUUGGACUCCGAAGGGGACGCCGAAGAUCGGUGAGCGGGUGACGGACCUCGGCGAGUACUCGCUCUUCUUGGGACUCAGCGAAAGCUUUGCCCUUUCUGCCAAGGAGUUCCCCGCUGUCAGGAGAAACCACAUCUACUGUGUUGCGCGCCAUUGGAUUUACUAUAUUUACUAUCAGAAUCCUUAUCAUAAGCUGUCAGAUUGGGCGUUCGUGUUCGAUCUGGGAUCAGACACUUUGAAAGGAAUUCCGUACCCUGAAGAGCUCAGGGACGACGGGGCCAAGUGGUGGCCGUAUUACUGGUUAUGCCUCAGAAGCCCGCUAACGAAGAAGCAGCAGAACUGAGCACUGCAGCUUCUAUUUGGAAAUACAAUGCUAUACUGUUAGGUAAAUUUAUUAAGGUAAGGAAUUUCCUUUUGAAAUUCCGAGUCACUGUUUAGAACAGAGUUCCUUAUGACCCAUUCCCAUUGUCUAGUGCCCUCUCAUAAUGUAUGUAUGAAUAUUUGCUUUGCUCCUGGAAUAACCCUCUUCUAGUGUAUUGUUUCUAAUUUCAUAACUCUUUUGCUUGUUUUCAUAUCUGAACCACGUCUAUAUACAAUCUGCAGAAAAACACUACUAGUACUAGUUGGCGUGCUAAAAAAACUUCUAAUUUAUUUUGUAAACAAGACAUCUAUCCCCUUGUUUGUGUUUAUUUUACUUCCAGAUCCUUAUCUAGGGAUAGGUCUGCUUUUCAAUUUGAACAUUUGACCACCUUUCUCCUUAAUUCCUUGCUCGAGAUCCAAAUCUGGUCUCUGACAAAAGUGUGUCUGCAUUAUCAUGGAGUUACCAGAAGGCAGGACACUUGGGUUUGUGUUGUUUCAUAUCUGAUUAACCUUUUGCACUGACGAUAUAAUACCUGUAAUGAAAGAAGUUAUUAUAGAAGUUCAAGGUGCUGAGAAAUGAUAUUCAGCAUAUCCAAAGACAGUUUAAAGAUGGAGUAAAACAAGUAUGUAUCGUAAUGAUACACCAAUGAGAAAACUGAGCACUGCAUCUUCUAUUUGGAAAUACAAUGCUAUACUGUUAGGUACCGUUUGGAUGUAGAUAUUCAACUUUGGAAUUAGGAAUUGGUAUUACACCUUAUGCAAAUCUGUAUCACUAUGACUUACCAGAGGCACUGGAGGUCCAAUACGGAGGGCUUUUAAACAGAAAAGUGGUGUAAGUGUUUUCAACUUUUUAUUCAUUAAAUGAAUAAGAAGGGAAAAAAUGUUGCUAUACUUCACAAGGAAAGCAUUUGCGGACUAUGCUGAUUUCUGCUUCAAGACAUUUUGUGACAGAGUCAAGAACUGGAUGACAUUUAACGAGCCAAGGGUCGUCGCUGCCCUAGGAUAUGAUAUGAUGAUGGUAGAUUCGCACCUGGAAUGUGCGCAAAGUGCAAGGAGGGAAACUCCGCUACCGAGCCUUACAUUGUUGCUCAUCACCUGAUUCUUUCACAUGCUGCUGCUGUACAGAGAUACCGGCACAAGUACCAGAUAAGUACCAGAUAAAGAGUUCUAAGCAGUCUGACCUAGUACCUAACUAAGUUAUACAGGUUAAACAAAAUAAUACGUAUGUCAAUAUAAAGGAAUUGUAAAAGUCAACAGCACAAGGUUUCUAAACUGUUCAUGGUGAUCUGUACUCUUUUUUAUGGUUGAUUUGAUGAUUACUGAGUGGUAAAUAUUAUAGAGACAUAAAAGAGUAGUAUUCAGAACUGUUUCUAGAUUUUCUGUUCACACAAAGUUGCCUUUCAGCCUACACAAAAGGGAGGGAUUGGAAUUCUCCUGGAUUUUGUCUUGUAUGAGUCUCUUACAAAUUCGACAGCUGACCAAGCUGCGGCUCAAAGAUCAAGAGAUUUCCAUGUAGGAUGGUAAUUUUACUUCAACUUUGUUUAUGUUAGCGAAAUUUCUGCACUGACUGGAUUUGAUUUAGAUUAUGUUAUUGUUA